CACUUGGCUCUGUCGAGGCCUCAUCCAAGCUGCGCAACUAAUCUGAUUACUUGCGUCGCCCCCAUCGUCCGAUCUUCCACCGCACGCGCCCGCCCUCUCUUCUAAUCAUGUCGCAAGGCCCCGCUGACGCCAGCGAGAGCGUCUCGCCUACUUCCAACUCCGCCCACCACGCGCUGAAUAAGCUCGCAAAUGGAGAACACCUCAAGCAGAAGCGCGCGCGAUCGCAGUUGUCCUGUAUCCCCUGCCGGCAAGGAAAGCUGAAAUGUAACCGAUCUCACGACCCGGCCUGCGACCAGUGUAUCAAGAGGAGCCGCGAAGGCCAAUGCCAUUAUGUCCCACCUCCAAAGAAGCAAAAGGCGAAUCAGAAUGUCAAAGGGCGGAUACGGCAGUUGGAGACGCUCGUGGUGGACUUGAUGAACCAGCAGAGUCAGAAGCAGGCACAGACACAGCAAGCGGAGAGCACGGCCACGACACAAUCGUCAGCCACGCGGACACCAUCAAUAGAGAGCAGGCAGGGCGCUGCGACUCAGCUCACUCCACCCAGCGAUAGCGAUGACUAUGCCCCGCAAGAUGGACACAAUGGACACGGCGAAGCGCAGGACGACGUGGACAGCACGACAAAGCCUUUUGGCAAGCUGCGCAUCAGCAAUGGAGAGAUCAGCUAUGUCGGCGAGACGCACUGGCAAGCCAUAUUGAACGGCAUAUCGGACCUGAAGCGAGAGCUGGGUGACGAGCAAGAUGACGAGCAGGCCGAAGGAGACUCUCCCGAGAGGACUGUCGCUGAUGUCUAUGGCACGACUCCCAUGAGCCAAGCGGCCUCGCAAAAUCUGGCACCCGAUCAGACUUCUUCACAUCUGGGCUUGAUGCUCGGUGGUGCGGGCGGCGCAAUGACCAGAGAGCAGCUCAUCAAAGCAAUACCUGAGAAGAGAAUAACAGAUCGACUAUGUGCCUUAUGGUUCAACUCGCCAGAUCCUUUCAAACCUAUCAUUCAUGCGCCAACUUUUCAAGAUCAGUAUCGGAACUUUUGGCGCGAUCCGAGAGAAACUCCGACCAUGUGGAUUGGUCUGCUAUUUGCCAUCCUCUCGCUUGCGACCUCGUUCGGUCUUCGUGACGCAGAUCCAGACUCUGACGCGGCCAAGCGAAUACUUGCUGAAAUGACCAAAUUUCACUCGCUGGCUGGAUCUGCUGCUGUGGCUGCGGACUACACCAAAGGCCAAGCGCAUACGAUGGAGUGCUUGAUGCUCUUUGGAGCCGGCAUGCGAAGUGCCGAAGCCUCUGUCAGUGCUUGGUUGAUUAUUGGCCUGGUGGUCAGACUGGGCCUGCGCAUGGGAUACCAUCGAGAUUCGGACAACCAUCCCGGCAUCAGCGUCUUCGAUGGUGAGAUGAGGCGGCGGAUCUGGUCUGUCAUCAGCAUGAUUGACGUCUUGUUCUCGUUCCAACUUGGCAUGCCAGGAAUGGUCAAGAGGAUUCAGUCCGACACGCGGCCGCCGAGGAACUUGCUCGACAGAGACUUCAACGUCAACACCACUGUGCUGCCACCCGACCGAAGCGUCGAUGAGAUCACGCCUUCAUCUUACAUGCGUGCCAAGCUUGGCCUCGUCGCAGUCUUCGCAGAAGUCAACGAGCUCAUCCAUGCCACUGUGCCGCCAUGUCAUGGACAGAUGAUGGAUCUUGACAGAAGACUGGACGAAGCGAGAGCCGCGAUGCCGCCUCCUCUGCAGAUGCCCGAUAUGAGCGAACUUGUCACCGAGCCGGCCGAGCAAGUGAUGUGUCGAAUCAACUUGGAUUUGAUCUACCUCAAGACCAAGAUGGUCUUACACCGACGUUACAUGGAACGACCAUUCGCUCAACUCUCCGUCGAAGAGCAACAGUUCGGCAUUGGUUUCAGUCGCAGAUCUUGCGUUGAUGCCGCAUUGAAGGUCCUGCGGCAUCAGCACGAAAUCUAUGCUGCAUCUCAGCCUGGAGGUCAGCUGGAAAGUGUCAAGUGGUACAUGGGAUCGAUCUCGACCCACGACUUCCUUCUCGCCGCUAUGAUUGUCUGCCUGGAGCUUUCGCAACAAAUCGGCGACAACGUAGCUGUGCUCAAUCCCAACCUCAUCAUGUGUCCCAUCCGAGGUGUCAUGAUGGACGCAUUGGAAAAGAGCCACAAGAUCUGGUCCGCCGCCGCCGCUGCAGGACGAAAGCGUGAUCGUAAUGCUCCUCAGCAGAUCGGAAAAGAGCACAUGCUUGACGAGACGGAGAAGGCCUGUCGUGCCAUGUCUACCAUGUUGACCAAGGUGCGAGCCCGAUUCCCACACCAACCUGAUGCUACGCGGAAAACGAAUAUGAACUGCGCGGCGCCCUCGCGACCUGGAAUGGGUAUUGCGAACGAUGAUCUCGGCAUUGACUUCUCACUGCCGCAAAGCGUUCCUGCUCAGACGUCAAAGGCCACUCACACCGCAGGUGGGAUGCCUUUCGGCGGCAUCGUAUCUUACCACAAUUGGGACGACACUGCUGAUCUUGGCGAGAGCUUGCAAUAUAACGCACCACAUAAUGCCAACGGGAAUUCCCAAGGACCGUCUGUCUCGUUCUACAUGCCCCAUCUUUCUCAGGAAAGAAGCCUCUCCUCGAGCGAAGCAACAGGUCCAAUGAGCACAAAUCAAUACACCUCUUCCUCGGGACCCAACUCGAACGAACCUUCCCCCAACUCCAACUCGCAAGACUAUUCCCUUCUUCCCGAAUUCGGCAUGAUUGGUGAUAUGCUCGACAUGCCCGGAUCAAUUGACUGGGAGAUGUUCGACGCGGGAGUCAUCAAGAACAACAACCCGACUUCGUUGACGCAUGAUGCGAUAAUGGACAAUCCUAUGCCGGGGAGUGCUAUGAAUGGACCCAUUGAUUAUGGAGGAGCAAACGGCGGGGCGAGUAGUGGACCUUUUGGCUUUUCGAUGGGCGGUGAUUUGAUGGUUGCUGGUGGGACUAACGGUGUGGGAAAUUAUACGGCGAGCAAUUACUACAUGCAAUAUGGGGAUGAUGGUUUUGGAACGAAUGGGAUGGGAAUGGGAUGAGAAGACGAGAAGUGGAAAGGAUGAGGGGGAGAUACAUUCAUGCCAACGGAGUGCUGUGCACGAGUGGCGAGCUCCUGGUCGUGCCAUUUGCUGACGUAAAGCGGUGGCAUGGGCAAGUGUCAUCACUUACUUCUGUUCUGGAAGAACAGCAUGCGAAGCUCGGGGCUGACAUGCGACUGCAGCGUCGGAAGCACAAAUAUGGGGAAGGGAACGAAUUGACGAAGAGCACAUACCCAAGGCAACUCAAUGAUACUUGGCAAGACACAAGGGAAGUGCCAAUUGACUCUACGGAUCUCUUCAAAGGUGCAACUAGGCCUUUUCCUUAUUCGGCCCUUCGACAGGCCGUCACCACUGAGGAAGCACUGCGUUGUGAGUAAUGUCCAUUGACACGAGACGCCCGAGCCCUUCAAUCUCCGGGGUAAGUAACAUCCAGCCUUUUCACCAUCGCCACCCUCAGCCCCUCAGCUACACGUUGACUCAACAGAGAUCACGCAAUGCUUCUCGUCACUCCUCCUGCACCUAUCUCUGACGAGUUGGGACUUGGCGAUGCAGACCGGCCUUCGACGUGCG